GUGAAGCUUAGCCAGGUAAACGCAAGUCAGGAGACAGUCCAUUAUUAUCGCCCUUCAUCCACGAACCUCGACGACAAAACUAAAAUAUCAUCUUUCCGUCUUCCUACAGUUAGCAAGAGUUUAGUGAAGUGACCAUGGAUGCUAAACAUUUUGAGAUCAACUUGUGUGAGAAUUUUGCAAGAUUGAGAACAGCAUUUUCAGAAGGAAUAAAUUCUGUGCAACCUUGGGAGUUGAUAAAAAAGUUUGUGAGAAGAGAAAAUGGAACAUUGGUGGUUAACAACAAAAAGCAUGAGCUUGAUCACAAUGUGUACAUUGUGGGAUUUGGUAAAGCUGUAAUUGGAAUGGUUCGUCCACUGGAGGAUUUACUGAAAGAUUCAGACUCGUCCUCACAUUUAAAGGGAGGAAUCUUAAGUGUGCCUUUUGGGAUACAAAAUGCCUUUUCAAGCAGAUCUCAUGUAUUACCAAGAAGUGACUCAGUCAUUGAAGUUUUGGAAGGUGCUAAAAACAAUAUUCCAGAUGAAAGUGCAUUUGCAUCGGCCAGAAAAAUUUGCUCUUUAGUGCAAACCCUUAGUGAGAAAGACCUGCUAAUUGUUCUCAUAACGGGUGGGGGCUCAGCUUUAUUGCCAUAUCCCUUGGCACCAACAACAAUUGCAGAAAAACAAGACAUUGUGAAAUCACUUAGCAGAGCAGGAGCUGACAUAGUUGAACUAAACACUGUUAGAAAAGCUUUGUCUGCCACAAAGGGUGGGAAACUAGCUGCAAUGACAAAAGCACAGACUGUAUCUCUGAUUUUGUCUGAUGUUAUUAACAACCCACUUGAUGUAAUAGCAAGUGGACCAACCAUUGUUAAUGAAGACCCACUUGGAGCUGCUUUGAAUGUUCUCAGUAAGUACAGCGUGUCAAUUCCCUAUCACACAAAAGCUCUUUUGGAGAAGGCUACUGCUUUCAGUCAAGAGCUUCCUCAUGUUACUAAUGUCUUGGUUGGUAGUAAUGAGCCAGCACUAACUGCUGUUGCUACUUCAUUUUUGCAAGAUGGCACGGACUGCUCAAUGAUUCUUUCGUCGUGUCUUCAGGGCAAAGCUUCUGACAUUGGCAAAAAAAUGUCAGAGCUUGCGGCAGUAAUAACAAGUAUAUUGUGUGGUAGUGGUGAUACUGACAUGUUGAGAGAAACACUAUUUACUGACUUGUACAUUGGUAGCAGAGAGAGAGUUAGAUUUAUAAAUUUACUGGAAAAAGUAUCCAAAGAUCAAUGCCCUAUUUGUUUGAUCUUUGGUGGUGAAACAACAGUUCAUGUCAAAGGAACAGGACUCGGAGGAAGAAACCAAGAGAUGGUGCUGUCUUACAGUAUUCAUAUGGAAAAGGCAAUGGAAGAGUCUGCAUUUUCUGGAGAAGUGUUGUUUCUUUCUGGUGGCACAGAUGGUAUUGAUGGCCCAACUGAUGCAGCAGGUGCUAUCACCUAUUGGAGCUCUACAUCUCCAGGGUUCAGGUCCCAGUUACAGGAGGCUAAACAGCAAGGCUUGAAUCCAGAGGCUUACCUGCAGAAUAAUGAUUCCUACACAUACUUUAGCCUCUUAAGUAAUGGCUACUAUUCAUUGAGGCCAGGACAUACAGGAACAAAUGUUAUGGAUAUCCAGAUCCUCAUGAUUUAUCCUAGAUUCUGAUAUAUUGCUAAUAAUUCUCAUACAGAACUGAUGUUAGAAUAUUAGUGUUAAUCUUUUCACUAAUUUUGUGGGCUUUCGUACAAGUCUGUCCUCCUCAUUAAUUUUGUGGGCUUUUUUAAGUCUGUCCUGCUACUCUUCUGCUUUUCUAACCAAAUGUUCCUUGUCUCUUAACAUCAAAUGUCCAAUCCAUCUCUAUUUGCCAGCCUCUGGGUUUGGCAUUUUGCCAUCGGUUUCUCUUCUCAGAAAUAAAUAACGGAAUAUUUCUUUGCUUCAAAGUAACUUACAAUACUCAGUUUUACAAGUGCGUACUGUCUUGAUUUAUUGCUUUGAAGGGGUGUAGGAGAAUCGCUGCUCCCAGGCUGCAUGCUCAAAGCCAUCUCUUCCCCUCUGUGAAUAUUAGGAGCUUUUUAAUUAUUUAAGCUCUGUUUUUUUUUUUCCUCUUCACUGACAACAAGCUUUGGCAAGGUCUUCCCUGGUUCAUACUCCCUCCCAACAUUCCCCCAACUUGUUCGUAAGUCUGUCCGUUAUGUUCUCAAAGUUUUAUUCUCUUUUGUCUUCUACCAGUAUUUUUUUCUUCAGUCUUCAGGCCAGGAGUGUAUAAGGACACUGACUUACCUAUCUCUGUACAGCAGUUGUCAUAAAAACAAAAAACUGCAAAAUUGUGGUGUCAAGAAAUAUUGCUAAUAAGGAAUGCAUACUUACGAGAUAGUUAGAAAAUAUAUAGGUAGCCAUGAAAUAUGACAAAUUUUUAAUCAAUUUGUAUUUUUCAUCGCUAACAUAUCUUUGGUCUAGAAGCUAGGAUAAUCUUAUAGUGCCAGCUGGAAACCGGUUAAAAAACAAUCAGAGAUUGUAAAGCAAGGAAUCUGCAGCAUCUGACAACUCAUGCGUAUACAAUUUACAAGUUGGUCACCAACUGGGCUUGAAACCUUGUGACACAUCAGUUUUUCUUUAACUGCCUUGGAGAGUUGACUUUUCCUUUGCUCUCCCCCUCCAAAGCUCAUGGUUUGUUUCAUAUUUAUCUAGCCCAGAAGUCCCGUGAGUGUCAACGUUUUUAGACGGCUUUCCAGGAUUCCUGUGUUCUUGUUCCUCUGGGACAGAUGCAUAAUGCAGUAGACGUCCUUCACGCCUUUUCCUCUGCUUCGUCAUUGGCUGUUUUAUGUGUAAUCCUGGUCUGUCUUUCAAGGUGAUAUUGCCCUUUCAGGAUGAAGACCCAUGCAAGUGGGAAGACAUCAGAGUAUGAAAAAAAAAGUGAUCAAGAUCGUGUAGUUGUAGUGACGGUUGACUCGUCCCUCUCUUCUGUAGUUGGAGACAUCAGUGGAGUAUCUCUCCACUCCGAGGAACUCUUCAUCAGGUAACUGAUUGUCUUGUCCUUUUUGCUGAGAGAAGCAUCUCUCUGCCUUGGCCUUAGGGGCUACAGGUCUGCCAUUGACCAAGUUAUUUAGUUAACGCAGUAGAUCUCUCUUCCUUAUGGGAGAUCACCAUAUUCCUCAAAAGCUUGGAACAGUCUUGCCUCCCCUAAGAACUCAGACCCCCCUUGUGGGAUGUCUCUCAUCCUUAGGAGCCUUACUGGUAGUCCAUAUGUAUAGAAACUGUAAAUACGUUUUGUUAAGUGUAGUCUAUGUUCUUAUCCCUUUUCUCCUUAGUAAUUCAAGUUUGUUUUUUUUAGUGUUCAAAUUUCCCUCCAUACGUUUUCCCUCCAAUAUUAACACGUGAAGUAAGUUACUGCUUGCUAGAGGCGGGUGAACAAAGGAAGCUUCUUAGACAUGGAGGCCAGAAUACGUACAUUAGAGGAUUUUGUUCCAGAAAUAGUUGCUUUCGGAGAGAAAAAUGUGCUGAGAACUCCCUCUGAUUAAAUGCAAGAGACAGAGUUACGAGCCUAAUAAAAGUUAAGUGAAUCUAUAAAAAGGAUUCUUCAAGCAUCACCAAAAUCUUGAAAUACAUACAAGAGUGCAUGCUGCAUGUUAAGGUAAGCGGGUAGCGUAUGCUUCACGUGUUAUUUCAGAGAUUGGGUGUUGCUGAAUUCAUUGGGACAACCCCGAUAUAUGAACCUGAGAGUCACCAGACAGGGACCUUACCCUCAAGACUACUGUGUUCCUUCUUGUCCGGUCUUUGGCAAAGAGGGUAGGCAAGCUUCAAGGCUUCUUUUGAUGUCAAACUUUUGAGGGGGAUGGCUAUCCAUAUCGCUUGAGUUUAUCCUGGAAUUUGUAGCAGACACUGAAUCCACCAGUCCUUGACAUCGGGUUCAAUUCCUUCGGGAUUUUGUUGGUAGCUUCUUAUGACGUAGAGUGAGUCCAGAGAAACGGGAGGGAGAGAGAGCGGAUACGAGGAAUCGCCCUCAUUACCCCUUAACAAGUUUACAAGCGUCGGUGAGGAAGAGCGUUGGCCGUUAGCGCCAUCUUGCAUAAGGUAGCAGAAAGGUUUUUCCAACCUCGUCUUAAUCAGUUUAUGCAUAAUUUUAUUCUUAUUACGAGAUCUUUGCGACGACGUCAAAGGUAUUACAAUCGCAUGAGAUCUCUUAGUCUGGUGGUCAUAAUGAAAAUUGUCUCUCAACGGUGUGAGAGAGAGAAUUAGAUUCUAGGCCAAAGCACAACCAUAAUAUCCACAAGUUAACGGCCGAAAACCGGUAAAAGGUGACAUUGAGACAGCAAUUAAUAGAAGUGAAACCAGUAAAUAGACAAGGUGUUAUCAUACAAUUCACAAUUUUUCGUGUUAUGCGUACUGACAUUUAUAAAAUAAUAUUGGUGAAUAAAAUACUAUUACUAGUAGUUAUAUUCAGUGUAAUAAAGAUUAAAUUACAGUCAUAACUACAGACAGAAGUGUAAAUAUGAGAAUAAUUUUUAGCAUAUGAUAAUCUGAUAAUCCCAGGACGAUAUUGCUAAGUAAUAUAAAGAAUAAUUGUUCUGUUUACUUAACGAUGAAGUCACGCCACCACAGAUUAUGCUAAUUUCGCUUCUCCGAAUUUGAUAUCAAGGUUUUGUCUGGUUUGUCAACGUUAAAAUUUAAACUUACUUCAUAAAGUCAGAUCAAGAAAAGAGUCGACAUUAGGCCUACUAAGUAAAUAUCGAUCCGAAAUUCCGAAACUGGCGUUCAGUAGACUAACUUUAAUGUACUGCUAGAGCCAGAAAAAAAAAAGUGCAAAGCGCUUUCGUAGGGUACAGUACAAAGCACGGCACCAUAAAAGGAAAUGUAAGUUUAAUAUACAAAAAAGUGUAUUAUUAUAAACACGAAAAGUAGGCACUAAUACCUCUCGUUAUUUCCUUUUGUUUCUUGCAGUAGUACUACAUGUCACGUGAUCGAUAUGACGGUAUAGUAUUACAAACAUGAAAAAACAAAAAUAUGAAAAAAAGUUAAGGCUUUAUACAUCAAUGAGAAAAAGAGAAGUCUGUUGGGAUUGUAAUAAAUGUGGCAUUCAUUGCUUUACCAUCUAUAGGUACUACUUGUCUACUUGCUCAACUAUCUUCAUCCUUAAAUUUAGGUGGGUACACACGUGAGAGCCGAACCUUGUAUGUGUAACUGAGUUACGCAUAUACGGUUACAAGGUGUCAAAAUUUUGAGGACGAGCCGUAACCACGUUAAGCACGUAACUUUAUUUCAAUCCACUGUGAACAUCAGUCUGUCUCUGUCCGGGUUGUUUACCGACGAUGGCCACCAUGCAAGUAGCAGCUGCCGCGUAUAUUUAUAUACAUUAUUUAACGAAGAUGAAGCGAAAUAAAAGAUGGUGGCAAUCAAGGUUAUUUACUAGAAGGGUAGAAUACAGUGGUCGGGAAAUUACUCGCUGACAUAAGAUUCCAAGAAGUUUCUGGCCACAAUAAAGUCUUUUCUUCGUAAUAACUAAUAAAUUGAAGGACCUCUUCCUCACUCCAAUCACCCAUGGUAGACAUAUACCUACUGACAAACUGACCAAAACAAGGGACUCUACUUUGGACGGCCUUGUUCAUAGUCGGUGUAAACAAGUUCAGCAACCUCUGUUGAUACGCGUGUAAUACAGGUCCCGUCCACACAUGGCGUAACGUACAAAGAGACCUCCCUUUGAUUCGGGGCCCAAAAACCGACAAUUGCCGGGACGGAGGGCGAACGGAGCCUCGAACCUCGCUGGUUCGGGGUUCGGGUUCGAGGAACCGUCCACACUUGCGUUUUUGUUACAAGAAUCGGUUACAAUACAAGGUUCGGUUCGCACGUGUGUACCCACCUUAAAUUAGGUGUUGUUUACAUGUUUGCCGCUUUUUCAAACGAGAGCAUCUUAUGUUGAGGAGCUUGCGUACAUCAAUGUUAUAACCACGGGAAUCCUCAACAACACAAGUAUCGCCGCAGUGGACUCAUGGUUCGUCAAAAUCAAGGUCUAAAGAAUACCUUGGUCAAAAUAACAUUGUUUGUGCGCGUCUUCGGCUGGGUUGGCGACCAGUUUGGCAGGUGGCUGAGCAAGAUGGAGUUCCUCACUUCUCCUCCUGUAGGUUAUGUGACGCACCCAACGCCAACACCCUGGAACACUAUUGCCUGGAAUGUCCACUUGUUAGUGACAUAUUACCCCCAAAGACUCACAGUAGUUGAUAUAUGUAAAAAAUUAUUGACAGAUAAUAAUUUGCUCGAUGAGAUCCUCAUGCGCCAUCCUCACUUUGGUGGAUACUGAAUAAUCAGCUGUUAUGUAAUACUAAUUAAAGAUAGGUACAACCUACCUACGAAAUCAAACUAAAUUUAAUUUGCAUUCCAUAUGAAUUCAUUUGUAUAACCUUUAAUAUAUAGAUAUGAUCAAUAUUAUUUUAAUAUGUACUAAAUAUGUCUAUACUUUAUUUUGUAUUCCUUUGUGUAACCCUCAUUAUGUGCUGUAGAUGUAAACAAUACUAUUUUGAUAUGUGCUUAAAUAUCUGUAUAUACUUUAUUUUUUUAUUAUUAUUUUUUCUUUAGGCAUAACUUAACAGUGAAGAUGUAAACAAUAUUACUGUAUUACCAUGUACUCAAAUGUCUGACGCCAAUGGGCGCAAUAAAUUGAUUAAAACAAUAAAACAACCACGGGAAUAAUUGCAGUUAGAGGAAGACAACGCAUGUCAACAGGAUCUCAGCUCUGCAGUUACAGCAGCGUCUUUUGGGAAGAGACUGAAACUGUCAGCUUUGGCCAAGACCUAGACGCACAUAUUUCAUGAGCAUUUUUGUGUGAAUAAAUGAAGGAAUCCUAAGGCAAUUUCCUCUCUUUGACAACAAAAAUACUUCUUCGUUUUGUGAAUGUAACUGGGAAGUUGAAUUUCUAAUCCCCCGAAGACUUAAGUGUAAUUUGUAGCAACGCUUUCCUCUCGUAUUUUUUUCUUCAGUG